AUGGCGUAUCCCCUGGAGCAGGCGCUGGCCGUGAUGGUCACCACCUUCCACAAGUACUCGGGGAAGGAAGGGGACAAGUACAAACUCAGCAAGGCGGAGCUCAAGGAGCUGCUCAACAAGGAGCUACCCGUCUUUGGGAGCAAACAAAUGGAUGAAGCGGAGUUCAGGAGGCUCAUGAACGACCUGGACCACGACAAGGACAGCGAGGUGGACUUUAAGGAGUACGUCUGCUUCCUGGCCUGCAUCACCAUGGGCUUCAACGAGUUCUUCAAGGAUGGUCCCACCAAGCAGCCUCGCAAGAAGUGA